UCAUUUCCGCCUAUGUCAAGCAAGCCAACUGCAGACUCGAUGCUACUACGGUGCAUUAAAUAAACGAUAGAGUUGAUGUCAUUAAAUCAUCAACGAAUAGGCCUAAGGGAAAGUUAUUUUUCCAUAAUCUUGAUGCUUUGAGAAUGCUGUUAAUUUUCGGCAACCUUAAAAUCGGAUUAGUUUUCAUUCAUUAAUGUUUGCACAAUAUUGACUAUCCGUUUUCUCGUAUUGCAGUAGGCUAGCUGCUAAACACACGAGCUGCAGUUCUGAACACCUUUGAGCAGCAGUAUGAUGCAGGCAGGAAUCUGUCUGAGGCAGGACACUGAGACAACACUACCAGAGCUUACUGAGCAGCACAGGAUCAGACAGAAAGAAGAGGAACUCAGUGGACUGGAGUCUGUCCGCAUGGCAGAGUCAGAGACAGAGUGUGCUGCACCAGGACUCAACACACUGGAGCCAGAGUGUGUUACAGAACAAAGUGGGGUCCGUGAUGUACACCAUACACACACAUCACUGAUUAAAACAGAAACUGAUCUGGGCUCCACCCACGCUGGGGAUUUUAAGAGCGAGAGCCUCAACAGUACAGAGCUGGGAUAUGUAUUACAUCUUCAUCCUGACCAAAUCAAAACAGAGGCUGAUGAUGGAGGAUAUCUUAAACCAGAACACAUCAGUGACUUGCAGGAUAUUAAAUGUAUUGAUAUUAAAUCUGAUCAAAUUAAGUGUAAAUCCAGUGAAAGGUUAAUGAGUGAUCUCAUGAAUACUGUGAUGACGGAACCAUGGCAAUGUGCAGGAGAGCCAAACCCAAACUGUAAAAAUGAAAUUAAUCUGCCAACCCGAUGUGAGGAUUUAAAUAAUCAGUGUGACAUACAGAAUGGGAAUAAUCAGACCAGUGUUGUUCAGAAAAGUACAAACAGUGGCAACAAACAUAAACAUUGUAGAAUUAAUGUAAUAAUUGAACCCAUGAUAAUUAAUUCAAGUAUAAAUAAAGGUGACAUAAUGAUCAAUUCAAUAAGAUCUCUUCUCCAAAAUCCAUUUGAGAGGAGAACUUUGGUGGAGAAACUACAAGUCAAAGAGCUUGGCCCAGAUCAACCUGACAUCAAAAUCAGACAACAGGCUAGCGAAAAAGGUAGAACGUACACGCGAGGUUUCUCCCGUAAUUGGUACAACAGAAAGGCUUGGCUAGCUGGAUGCAGUCAUGUAAAUGCCGUAUUUUGCUUCCCAUGCUUACUUUUUAAAACGAAGGGGACAGAUACAACAUGGACUGUUACAGGAGUAAGGGACAUGAAACAUUUAUCUGAGAAGAUUAAGAAACAUGAGUGUACCAGGGCACACAUGGAGAAUACGGUCAAGCUAGCCAUGCUAGGCAGAGUUGACAUAGCUACGCAACUGGACGAACGCCACAGGAUUGCGGUGAGGAAACACAACGAAGAGGUGGAUAAGAACAGGCACAUUUUAUCAAAGAUAAUUGACUGUGUUAAAUUCUGCGGAGCCUUUGAGCUGGCCUUGCGCGGCCACAAUGAGACCGAAUCCUCAGACAACCCGGGUGUUUUCAGGGGUUUAGUAGAUCUUGUCGCCUCACUAGACAGUGUGUUGGAGGAGCACCUUAAGACAGCUACCGUUUUCAAAGGCACCUCAAUGACUGUGCAAAAUGAACUUUUGGACUGCAUGCUGUCAGUUUCUAAAGAUUACAUUCUGGAGGAAGUAAAAAAUGCCGAUUAUCUUGCUAUUAGGGUAGAUGAGACAACUGACAUUUCCACCCACUGCCAGUUGGUGCUUGUGCUGCGGUACAUCGACAUCCAUAACAACGUCCAAGAGCGUUUUUUUGAGUUCAUCCCUCUUCAGAAUGCGACCGCUGACACAAUCGCCACAGCGCUGUUGGAGAGUCUUAGCACUGUCCUCCCCGAGGGACAAGAGAGCAGACUAAUCGCCCAGGCCUAUGACGGGGCUGCCGUGAUGAGGGGAGCCACAGGUGGAGUGCAGCGUAAGGUAAAGGAUGUCUAUGGAAGUGCACACUACGUCCACUGCUAUGCGCAUCAGCUGAACCUCAUCAUGCAGCAGGCAACUUCACACAUCCCCAGGAUCAGCACUUUUUUUUCAGACCUCGGUGGAUUUGCUGCAUUCUUCUCCUGGUCAUUGAAGCGAACCACCGUGCUUGAUCAAGUGGUGGCACGCAGACUUCCCGGAACUUCAACAACAAGGUGGAACUUCAACACUCGUGCUGUUAACACUGUGUACGAGCACAAGGACGACCUCCUACGGUGUUUCCAGACCAUCAGAGACUCUGGUAACUUUGAUCCUCCAACUGUCAGAGAGGCGGGGGGCUUUGUGAGAAUGCUGGAAGAUGAGGAUUUCUGCUUUUUCCUGGCAUUGUUUCACAAGAUCAUGCCACACGUGGACCUGCUGUUUAACCAGCUGCAGAAGAGGGACAUCAACUCUGUCUACAUCACAGGAAUCAUCCAGAGGUUCACCGACAGCAUGCAAACGAUCAGGGACUCCAUUCCUUCUCUGCAUGGGGAAUACAGUGGAUCUGUGAAGCAGCAGCCAACAAAGAAACGGAGGACACUAGGACAAGAAGAACAACAGCGUUUGGCUACAGAGGUAUGUGAUACCAUUUUGAGUCAUGCCAAGGAGCGGUUCUCUUUCACCAAGCACCUCAUCAGUGCCACUCUGUUGCAAGGAGACUUGUUCCCAGCACACACCGUAAAGUUCCCAGAUUCAGCACUGGAAACCGCAGUGGAGGCCUACCCCAUGUUGAACAAGGCCAAGCUCAAAACAGAACUAUCCCUGAUCUAUGAGAACGAUGAGUUCAAGGCUUGCAGUGGUGCACUGACUCUGUUCCAGUUUUUUAUGGAGAACAACCUUCAGGGCUCGUUCACUGAGACUGUCAGUCUUCUCAAGAUUCUCAUCACCACACCCAUGACAACAGCAGAAUCAGAGAGGUGCUUCUCUACCUUAAAGAGGAUCAAGACCUUCCUGAGGAACACCAUGACACAGGAUCGCCUGAAUGCUCUGGCUAUGCUCUCCAUGGAGAAAAAACUUAUCAGAAACAUUCCUGACUUCAAUAAUAGGGUCAUUGAGAGGUUUGCCACUCAGAAGGACAGAAGGGCAAAAUUCCUGUACAAAUAAGAUGUCAGACACGCAAACACACACACACAGAAGUUCCCCUGACCCCAUUUUCCUUUGUAUAUAGCUACUGAAACUGACUGAAUAUGGCAGAGCCCCACCCAGAAUAUUUUUCACCAGCCGCCACUGGUAACAUUUGUGCAGUUGAAAAACUCUACAAGUGUGCACAGUGUGAGA